AUGGUUCCUAUUCCUAUUAGAUACAUGGGUACUACCACUCUAGGGAAGAUGUGGGUAUUGGUUCGAGAAGUUGGGUGGCAGUGGAGGGUUUCAGAUGAUGAUAUGGAGCCGAUUAGACAGGUGGAGCCAGAGCAUAUCCCUAAGCCUGUGUUUGAGAGGCAUCAUAGACCUAGGCAUGUCAAUCUUGAUCAACCGCAACUAACUCUACGCGAUCACCUUGGGUUGGACCAUCCACAUUUUCCUCAUGCAUCUCCUGUUGUUCCACCUCCUGCUCACCUGAGGGGUGUUGGUAAUGAUGGUGUUGGCACCUCAGGAACAUAUCCUAGGGAUACUGAUGACGAUAACGAGGAGAGCUCGAAAGACAAGGAGGACGAGUUUGAGAGAAGUGAGUAG